AGAAACAAAUAAUCACAUCUCACCAACCAAAAUUCCAGAUAUUUUUAACCAUUUUUCAUGGAAUAUUUCGUCUAUAAAUCAUAUCCUCCAUUGAUCGAUUCUUCAGCGAUUCACAAAUCUAUCUGCCCAUUGUUACAAGUUGGUUGGUGGCGGACCACGGCGGACGGUGGUGGUGCUGCUGUUCAUCCUCGUAUAACUUGUAACAAUCGGCCAUUAAUAAUCCAAUAUAUACACAAUUACAACGAGAUUCACCAUAUUAAUUAAUGAUUACAAAGUGAUUUUUUAAUAAAUCUCAAGAUCAUUUUCGCCAUUGUUCUCCAAUCUCUUCAUAAGAGGAUAUCAAACGUUUGGAUCUGAUUAAGGACACAAGUUAUGGAAAACGGUCACCAGGAAAGUGCAAUGGUGGUUAGAAGAGAUGUACCGGUUCCUCCUCCAUUACCGGCGAGAUUUGGGACGAGUAAGGUGGUGGUGCGGCGGAGGGGAUGUUGUGCCGCUGCGUCCACGACCGAAACAUGGGAUCGCUUGUUUGAUGAUGCUUAUAGAGCGGAUGUUUCUAUUCAAACGAGUAGUGACGAUGUUAUCUACGCGCAUUCUAGCAUUCUUGGAUUGGCUUCUCCUGUUUUUAGAAGCAUGUUUAAGCGACAAAGUAGAAGCAAACGGUUAUUUAUCGUUCCUAUACGAGGAGUUCCAACCGAGGCGGUUCGUGUGUUCAUUAGAUUCUUGUACUCAUCUUGUUACGAAGAGAAUCAAAUGGAAGAACACGUUUUGUCUUUGUUGGUUCUUUCGCAUUCGUACGUGGUACCUCGUUUGAAACGCGAGUGUGAAGGUCAGCUCGAACAUAAAUAUUUGAACGUGGACAAUGCCAUAGAUGUGUUUCAGCUCGCGUUGCUAUGUGAUGCCCCACGCCUUGGCAUUAUUUGUCAUCGGCUGAUCCUAAAGAACUUCAAAGCAGCAUCUUUGUCGGACGGAUGGAAGGCCAUGAAAGAGAGUCACCCGAUACUCGAAAAGGAACUUCUUGAAACCGUUUCCUAUGAGGCCUAUAGGCAAAAGGAGAAGGUGAAGAAGGCGAAUGAACGAAAGGUUUAUCUACAACUAUACGAGGCGAUGGAAGCCCUCGUUCAUAUAUGUAGAGACGGGUGCAGGACAAUCGGGCCACACGACAAAGCAUUUAACAAACAUCAAGCGCCAUGCAACUACGAGGCUUGCAAAGGGUUAGAAUCACUCGUUCGCCAUUUCGCUGGAUGCAAAUUAAGAGUCCCCGGUGGCUGUGUUCAUUGCAAAAGAAUGUGGCAGCUCUUGGAGUUACACUCGCGACUCUGCAUAGAUCCAAACGUUUGUAGGGUUCCUUUAUGCAAGAAUUUUAAGGACAGGACUAGGAAACAAAAAAAGAAGGAUGAUAUAAAGUGGAGAAUAUUGGUGAGAAAGAUCUUGAGAACGAAGAGUAUAACGGGUGCUCCGUAUUUUUCAUUGGCAGCGUCGUCCUAAAUGCUAGCGCUGUCGAUAGUGAGUACGUAGACCUAGCUAAUUUAGUCACUCAAAAAGGGGAUCGAUCUCAUUGUAUUGUAAUUAUAAUCAUAGCUAGAACAAUGUUAUGGCUAAAUUGUUCAAUCUGUGGUUGAAACAUACCAAUCAAUACCUAAUUAUUGUAGGGGUUUUAUAUUGAUUAUUAAAGUUGAGGUUCCAAAAAA